AUGGCGGCCACCGCCACCUCGUUCGAGUUCGAGGGCAGGGAGUUCCCCAUCUUCACGGACAAGCAGCUCAGCGGCAUCAACCGCGAGGCCCUGACGCAGCGCGCCAUGAACCUCCGGGACCACGUGGGCCAGGACCGCCUCCCGCCGAUGCCGCGCCACCCCGAGGGGCUCGUGUCCUGGGUCCUCUCCGUGCAGGACGCGCUCAGCACGGGGUACGAGCUCGAGCCGCCGCCCAGCGGCAGGCCUGCCUCCCGCGGCGGCGGAGGCGCUGGCGGGCGAGGCGGCCUCUCGGAGCUUCCGACGCCGGUGUCGACCGACACGGCGAGCGCCUACUCGGAGGCGCGGCGCGGCGGCGAGGCGGCCCGGCUGCGCAACCAGGGCGGUGGCAUGGCCGCGGUCUUCGGCGGGCAGUGA